UUAAAGUUAGUGUGAUGUUUUCCUUCUUGACGUCCUUUCUUCCCACUUCCUACUUCCUCCCAGAAUGGCUGAGUCUGGAUGUAAACCCAGUGCAUAGUUUCCUUCAAGGACUGGUCGGUGCAUGUGGGAUCUGUGUGCUCUGCUCCCUGCUGAGAGUCCAUGUAUUUUUAGAGGAGGAAAGCUGGAGGAAUAAAAAUGACAGUGGCACACCCAGCCGGCCCACUCACACUCAUCAAAGGGCGGCUAAAAGUGGACUCGGUGGGAUGCUCCACUUCUUCUUUGUGGCCGGUAUUCUGGCUCUGGUUGGAUCCCGCGUGGCCUCACUGGUGGUACUGGAAUUCUGUCUGCGAGGCGUCUCUGGACUGGUUACAGCUAGACCAGGUUCUGGUUCCCUGGUGCAGCUGCUGGUCCAGAGCCAGUUCACCCUGGGCUGUGCUCUCAGCAGCAGUCUGCACUUCCUCCACCAGGGGGCGUCCCAGCGCUGGCUGUGUCUGCUCCUGGCUGCAGCUCUGAGCUGGUUCCUGUCCAGGCUGUCCUCCCGGCUGCAGCAGCAUGUGGUGACCGUGUACAGGCUGCACAGCUCCCAGCGCUACUGCGGCAUCUGCAUGGGUCUGCGGAGCUGGGGCCCGGGCCUCAUGCCCGCCCUCUGCAGGAGCCUCCUGUGCACCUUCACUGUGGCUGCAGGGGCCGCUGUGUCCAUCAUCAACCAGCACUUCCUGUCUGCCACAGAGGCCCUCAGGUUCUGGACCCCUCUGACUAUCUGCUACACACUGCUGGUGGUGUACAUGCAGGAGGAGCAGCAGCGUCUGCCCAGCGGCGAGGCCGUCCUGAACACGGUGCUGGUGCGUCUGGGGGGUUUGAUGGUCCUGAUGCUGACUGUGGGGCGCUGGGCCGAUGUGCUCCACAUUCUGAUGUGUUUCCUGGGCGAGGCCAGCUGUCUCAUCCCCACCAGGGAUUUACUGGAUGCGGCGUCCUCACAGAAUGAAGAAGACGACCCGCAAAAUGUUAAAAGAGAACGUCAACAAAAACCACAGCAGAGGGAAGAGAGGAGAGGACAGUGGAGAUAACCACUAAGAGAUGAUUCAAACCUAAGGCCACACGUCCACCCACUGGGACGGGACACCUCCGGAGCUUCAUCAAUACUUGAUGCUUUUAUACUUAGAAUGUAAUAUUUUUUCCAGUAAAUAUUUAAUGAGGCAUGAAAUGCAGUGAUCGGGGAAUUACAACUUAAUACACACAUCAAGUUUAUAUCAAACUAUUCAAGGCUUGUUCAAUGUCUCCUACCUAUAAUGUAAGACUCAUGUCAUUCUUACAUCAUUUCCACUUUGUCUAACACAGGGCUC